AAAUUAUUAUAUACUUUCUUAAUUUUGAUAAACUUGAGUAACUAAUCAAAUCUUAAAUUCUUUCUCUGAAUAUAAAUCAUUAGUUUUACAUAUUACAAAUAUUUUAUAAAAAGGAACUUUGGUUUUCUCGAUAUGUCGCAAAUGGAUCGAAUAUUCGAUAUAAACAGAAAGGGUGUUCAAUUGAUCUUCCAAAAUUGCUUGUUCGCAAAGGAAUGAACAAAUGUGAUUAUACAAGGCUUGUGCCUUCAAAUUGCAAUCCGCAUCGCACUUUUGACGGACUUAGUCGUCGGAUUAUCAAGGGUUGAUGUGGAGAGAUCGUCACUCACGAUGAAUGCGGAGGAAGCUAAAGUGGGCUGCUUUCAAAUGGUGUUGGUGCUAUUACUUGGGAUAAACUAUGUCAUCGUCGCCAUGAGUCACGCGUUGCCAGUUUUUCAUAAUUACACGCCAAAAUUCUAUUGUCAGGUAAAAGAUUCAACGAAUAAAAGCUAUGGCUGUCAAACCGCAGCGAAUUCAUCGAUCGUCGCCAAUUUAACUUUCGCAACGUCGGAAGUGUCGAUCCUUACGUCCUGUUCCGGCCAAUAUCGCUUCGUGACGGAGUUUGCGGAGAACAGCGUAAUCACCGAAUGGGGUUUAGUAUGCGAGAAACGGUACCUGUCUUUUCUGGGGCCGACCGUUUAUUACAUCGGGGUACUUCUGGGUGCAGGGAUUACCGGAUUUCUAGCCGAUCGUAUCGGCAGACUUCCGGUCCAAGCGAUAUGUCUUUACGCGCAAGGCACGAUGGCGGUCGCCCUCUACAUUGUACAGAGCUAUCCUGCGUUUUUGGCGCUCCGUGGUCUUCAAGGAGUAUUCGUUCAAGGCUUGCAGAAUUCCACAUAUAUUCUCUCCCUGGAACUAUUUCCAACGCGAUCUCGCACUCUCAUCUCAUUAAUUAUGCAAAUCUCUUGGUCAAUCGGCCUCAUUCUGCUAGCAGUACUCAGCUACGUGAUUCCCGAUUGGCGAAUUUUACAGUUGGCUGUUUCUGUACCCACCGCAAUUACUGUACUGUAUAUUUGGAUUAUACCGGAAUCACCGAGAUGGUUAUUGGCUAGAGAAAAAUUGACGGAGGCCGAUAUGGCGCUCGAAAGAAUUGCAAAGUAUAACAGCUGUUGCAUCGGAUCGCGAACAAAGAAUAUUCCUGUGCAAGAAGUAUGCGUGAAAAGUAAUAAAACUCCGAUAAAACCGGAGAGAAAGUCACGUGUCCCUAGUAUCGAAUUUAAGAAAACCAAAGCAGAUGAAAAUCAACAAGAAGAAUCUACGAAUUUAUUAAACGGCAUAGAAUCAAAUGAACAAAAAAUUACAGAGAGAACUUCAGUAACCGAUUCGACCACUUCGAAAAACAGAUUUUCCAAUAUAGAAUUACGCUCAGAGGCACCAAGUUUAGCAGAAAAUUUUGACAAGGGGCAUUUACCUUCGAGUUCAAAAUGCAAUCGAAGAUCAAAGAUAAUGACGCAAUCGAAAUGCGAUCAAAGAAUUUCCUUGAAAGACGCGGAGGAAGUAGUGUUACGUAGAGCAAAGAAAGAAAAAACCUGUGAAAAUGAAGAUAAAACGGAAGAUAGUAUCAAGAAACAAAGUCGGAUCAAAAUAAAUUUAACAUUCAAGAAUGCAAUCAAGUCGUCCAUAUUAAGAAAAUACGGUGCUAUUAUGAUUUACCAAUGGUGGAUAUCCGCAAUAGCAUCUAGCAUAUUUGACGAUCUGGCGCCAAGUUUUUCAAUUAAUAGACACAUUACGUUUGCCCUAGGCGGAGUUCUCGAAAUGGCAACAUACACAUUUGUGUAUUUUGUAUUAUCUAGAUACGGUAGACGAUUGCCAAUGUGCAUAUAUCAAUCUCUCAAUGGCAUUGUUUGUAUUUUAAUAGCGGUUUUUUUCAUUUUAAUCCCUACCACUGCACUAUGGACUGAUUUCGUAAAAACGAUAAUAUUGCUUUUUGGCAGAGUAACUAUUACGAGCACUCUCUCUGUUGUCUAUUUAUAUACUGUUGAAAUAUUCCCAACGAUAAUACGAGGUAGCUGCUUAGGCUUAUGUGUGAUAUUUGCAAAAAUUGGCAGCCUAAGUAUGCCAUAUUUAUUAUUAUCGAGGCAACACAUAUCACUUCCCAUACUGUUACUAGUCAUUGGAAUAUUAUGCUUUGUCUCCGGUGCUUUGACUUUGAUUAUCCCGGAAACGUUAAAUAAAAUUCUACCAGAUCAAGUGGAAAAUGUAAUUGUUGGCAACAGUAUUUGCAAGAAUGAUGUCAAUACAGAAAAUGAAGUAAAGGAAGAAGAUAGGACAGAAAGGCAAAUUCUAAGGGAGAAACUCUUUUCAGAAGAUUGGGUGGAUGCUGGCAAUGGAAUUCUGGUGAAUUUUACAGAAAAUAAAAAUACCGAAUAACUUGAUGGUGAAAUAUGAUAAUUUUGUAUCAUAUUUGAUGUAUAUUAUUUUCGGACU